UCUAGUCUUCUAUAUAUAUUCUCUCCUUUUCAUUCUAAAUCUCUUAAAGUUAGAAUCACAAAAAAAAAUAAAAAUAAAAUACAAAAGUUAGAAAAAUGUUGAGUCACUUCAUCUGUGGAAAUUUUCAUGAUCAAGAAGAUAAUGAAGAAGAGUACUAUCCAUGGAGCAAUACUUCGUCACCAAACAGAUCACCUUCACCAACAGCAACACCAAAGAGAUCAUCCUCAUCAUCACCGAAAAGAAGUAAGAUGAGUAGUUUCUGUAAUAGGAGGCAGAAAAACAAGAACCCGUAUUCAUCUCGGGGGAUAGAUAAAUUUACUUCGCUUUUAGCUGAUCUUGAAGAUGAAAGAAUAAAGAUUUUGGAUCGAAUCGCUACUACAACUACACAAGAUAUCCCUUUAAUACGUUUCGCGUAUUCAAAUUCGAAACGUAAUUUGGUUCCAAUUGUUACCAGGUUACAAAAUCAACAGCAGAAGAAACAACCCAAGUUACAUAUCGAUGGUAAUGACAAAAUUGUUGAGAUGACAGAACCAUUAAUUAGCAGAAAACUGGAAGUCGGAUUAUCUGUCCCGAAGAGGGAAAUGCAAAGAAUGGCAUCACCAUUAUCGUCACCAGAGGCAGUGAAGAAGAUACAGAAGAAAAGUUUGCUAGACAAAAGUAAAAGUCAUAUAUGCAAGUACUACUUCGGAAUUGUCAUAGUGUUGAUUCUAUUAUGCUUGGCGAUUUACGGGAGAUCGUUUGCAAUAAUCUGUAUGUCAGUUUGUUGGUAUGUGAUGCCUAUUGUUCACAAAAACUUGAAUUCAAGAACAAUGAAGAAGAAGAAUAAUUACACCGAUGAGGAGAAGAAAAUGGGUAUUGAUGGAUUUCCUUAUUCAUUCAAGACUAAGAACAUGUUGAGAAGUGCAACUAUGGAUAUAAUUAAUCUUCAAUGUUCUUAACUUGAUCAAAUUCAAGAUCACCAAUUUUAUUCUACUUUUCUUGUUAUUUUUUUUCUUUUCCUGUUUGGGUUACAGCAGGUUUGAAUUUUCUAAGUUUUGACAUGUUCAUUGUUCAUGAAUGUAAAUAGAAGUCAAAUGUACAUUAAGAAGGAAAAUGUUCUUAUUACCACUUGAAUGAAAUGCAGUGCUUCCAGCCA